CGUAUGUAGUACUUGAGUACUGCAGUGUCCGGGCUCUCAGGUGUCUCGUCCUCGUCCUCAGCGCUCAGAUAAAGAGCACCGUGAAGAGGAAGCUGUACGAGGACAGCAGAGUCCCCAUUGCCUCCGAGUCCCCGAAGAAGACCGUUAAGAAAACCGCCGUCGCCAUGACGCCGGCUCCGACGCCCGUCGCUCCCGCCAUGAUCGCCGUGCAGACUUCGCAGGUUGUCGUGGCGACGGGCAUGCAGAACAGCCCCUCUCUGGCCCCGCCCAUAAAGAAACAGAAGACGGCAGGUGAGACGCCACAGGAAGUGACACAACAGGAAGUGACACAACAGGAAGUGACUUCUGAUGGAUCACUGGAGACGUGAUGAUGACACGCUCAUCUUUAUCCUCCUCCUCUCUCUCUCCUCUCUCUC